UCCGUCAUCUUAAAUGUGACUGAGCAGGAAGCCGUGGGUCAGAAGAGCAGAAACAUGUCUUCAUCCAUGUACACGACGGCGGAGGGCGUGCUGGUGGUCACCCAUGUGCACCCGUUUCCCCAGGGUGCUCCCCGGGGAGCUGGACUCCCACAUUGUGUGGGCAUCCAGAAGUUCAGCAAGAUCCAUCCAUAUGUGCUCGGGACGAUUCAGAUCAUGGUCGGCCUCACCGUGAUGCUGUUUGGCGUCGCCAUGGGGAUUCCAGCGGUAACGCUUACCGCUUUCACCGGCUUCUGGGUCUGGGGAGCUUUAAUCUACAUCACAGCUGGAUCCCUGACAGUGGCUGCUGGGAAACAUCUCACCCGCUGUCUGGUGAACACCGCUCUGGGUUGGUGUGUCGUUGCAGCAGUUUGUUCCAGCGUCGGGACCAUCCUCUACUUUCUGGAUUCUUCAGGAGUGACCCAUCAGUGCUACUAUUAUUAUUACAAUGAUCAGUAUUAUGAAAAUAACUGCAUGUAUCAGGGUCGGAUGAUGGGCUUAUCUGGGAUCAUGGGUCUCGUCAACCUAUUAGAGUUGAUUGUCUCGCUCGUCGUCGCAGGAAUCGCCUGCAAGGCCACUUGCAACUGCAGCGGAGAGGUGCAGGAAGAUUCUAAAAACCCACAACAACCGAGAGCCGCAAGUGUACCUGAGCCUCCAACCUACGAUUCUGUCCUCGCCUGAAAACAACCUGCCUCUCCUGCAUGACCUGGCACCGUCAGGACUGAUACAGAUCUCUUUAUGUGCACGAGCCCUCCAGUAAAAUGGCUUUAAUGUUUUUAUCGCUUUCAAAACCUAAACUGACGUGUGUAAGAUUUGACGUCAGAAAAGUACAAUGUGUCGGCUGUUCACCUUCUGAAAUGAUUCACCUAAAUUCUUAUAAUAACAUAUAUGUCAUACUGUGUUCUAUGUGUUGCGUACUUUUUACGAGAGGAAACAAAAACCAGAAACCAGAAUGACAUGUAAGUAUUCAGACAUGUUUAGGGAGAUGGUAUCGAUUGAGUUUAUGCAAUAAAAAUACAAAUCUGGAUCGAGGGGGUUUUAUGAACCACUCGAUUAAUCAGCGAAGCAUUGUAAAAUCAUUUGAAAAUAUCAGUAAAUCAGGGAGACAGACCUGCAGUGAUCAUCUUCAUCAUCAUCAUCAUCAGCUUAGUGCACACAGUCAACAACAUGACAAACUAAAUCAAACAUGACGACACAAAGCAGCUUGGAGGUAAUGGAGGAGUCUGCCAAACCUCAUUCACGUUUUCAGACAUUUUCUCACAGUUAAAAUUGUACUGAUGUAUUUAACUAAAUAUGAUUACAGUGAUUACUGGUUACCUUAAUUAUUUGAAUUAAAGGAUAUUUUUCUUCA